AUGGCGGACGACUGGGAGCAGGAGGACUGGGAAAAGGAGGACUUUACGCCCGUGCUGCCGGGCGCGGCAGCUGCAGUCCAAGCAGGGGCGGAGCAGAAAGCCGCCGAGCCGACUUUCGAAGACGAGGACACCGAGCCGCAGCCUGAGAAGGAGCACACAAUCAAACCUCAGCCCAAGAAAAAGGUGGAGAAGAAGUACGACAGAGGGGAGGUCGUGGACGAGCCUCUGGACGACCCGGUGGCCGAGAAGCUGCGGAGGCAGCGGUUGGAGGAGGAGGCCGACUUCCGGGCGGCGCGGGACCUCUUUGGCGGCGGCGGCGGCAGCGGGGGCGGCAAGCAGCUGGAGGACCUCUUGCCCAAGAGCCUGAAGGACUUUGAGGCGUACGCAGAGCUGCUGGUCCAAAAGUACCUCCUUCCCCACGCGGGCAACAAGAACUACAAGGGGCUGCUGAAGGCUGUGAUGCGGGGGGCCAUGGAGCCGAUGGCGGUCGACGACACAAAGGAGGUGGAGCAGGCUGUGGCGGGCGUGCGCUCUGACAAGGUCAAGGCGCAGCAGGCGGCGGCGGCGGCCAAGAAGAACAAGAAGAGCCUCAACGUCGGCGGUGGCGGCAAGUCUGGCCUGAGCGCAGGCCUGGAUGACUACGUGUACGAGGGCGCGGCCGGGCCUGACGACGACUACGAUUUCAUGUGA